AUGAUAAUACGACGGCUAUUCGGACGGCAGGGCCUGUCCUUGCUAAGGUCCUCUCCCCGGACAACAACAGCGGCAUGUGGUCGCUUUUUCUCCACGGAGUCUGACUCCAUUCCCCCUCGGCCAAUUGCGCAGCGGAUUACUCAAUUAAACAGCUGGGAAAAUGCCAUUCCAACAGCUGCGCUGGAAGAAAGUCCGGAGUCGUGGGGAGAGCAGCAGGAUAUCGCUCCCCGUGCGGGAGAUCCCGUGGAAAACCCGCAAGAGAUUGCCGAAGCUGAAGCUGGGAUGUUAGCACCAGUGGUUCCCGGACAGAGCGAUUCUACUUCAUCGUCACACAUAGCAAAGCCAUCCCCUAAAGAAUUCCACAAACUCGGUUCCGAAAUCCGAAACAUCUACAAACCCGAAUCUCUCAUACAAAACCCCCCACACGUCCAAGAUAUCACCCUGGAACUCCUCCUCGCCUCCCAAACCCACCUUGGCCACGCAACCUCUCUCUGGAACCCCGCGAACUCAGAAUACAUCUUCGGCAGCCGACAUGGCAUCCACAUCAUCUCCCUUGACGUGACAGCCGCAUACCUCCGCCGGGCCGCCAAGGUAGUGCACGAAGUAGCCAAGCGCGGUGGCCUGAUUCUCUUCGUUGGCACGCGCAAGGGCCAGCGACGCAUCGUUGUCGGCGCCGCCAGCCGCGCGAAGGGAUGCCACGUCUUCCAGCGCUGGAUACCGGGCAGCUUAACGAAUAGCGAGCAGAUCCUGGGCCACUGUGAGAAGAAAGUGGUUAAUGCCUUCGACGAGCCAUUGGGGGGCUACGAAGAUAAGCUGGAGAAAUUGCCCGCACUCAAGCCGGAUUUGGUGGUUUGUUUGAAUCCGCUAGAGAAUCGACCGUUGUUGCAUGAGUGUGGGCUACAUAUGAUUCCAACGAUUGGGAUUAUUGAUACGGAUGCCAAUCCAACGCAUGUUACAUAUCCGAUUCCGGCAAAUGAUGAUAGUUUGAGGUCUGUGGCGGUUAUUGCGGGGGUUUUGGGCCGUGCUGCGGAGGAAGGGCAGGCGGUGAGGUUGCAGGAGGCGAGAGAGGGGAAUGUUACGUAUCCGGUGAAUGAUAUGUUGGCGAAUUGGAAGCUGGUGGCAUCGGAGCAUGUUGAAGCCAGCAGGGACGAGAAUCAAUAA